AUGCGACAUGUGGAGGAAGCGGGUCCGGUACCUUUCGCCGUGCCCGUUUUGGAUGCAGCAGUGCCACAGCGCAACAUGGUCGCAUUGGAGGAGUCGCAAAUGGUGGCAUACGUGGUCAACCACGGGGAAAUAGAUUUGGAUAGAACAGUUACAACGGAACAUAAAAAUGAUGAAAAGUCGGAAAUUUUGUCGAAAGCCCAGUACCAGCAGUGA